AUGCCCGCGCUUGACUUGCAACAGCCGCUGGCGGCCGAUGAUACCAGAAUUCUCGGCCAGGAUCCUCUGAUCCCACCAGCUCUGCUCACCUCUGAACUCCCCAUGACCGACAGUGCCGUCCGGACCGUCAUCAAGGGCCGAAAUGAUGCCGCCGAUAUUGUCACGGGCCACAGUGACCGGCUCUUGGUCGUUGUCGGCCCGUGUUCCAUCCACGACCCUGCUGCUGCCCACGAGUACGCCGCCAGACUCAAGGCACUCUCCGAGAAGCUUGCCGACGACUUGUGCAUAGUUAUGCGUGCCUACCUCGAGAAGCCCAGAACCACCGUUGGCUGGAAAGGUCUGAUUAAUGACCCUGAUAUCGACUCAUCCUUCCAGAUUAAUAAGGGCCUAAGAGUUUCCCGUCAACUCUUCGUCGACCUUACUUCCAAUGGCAUGCCCAUUGCUAGCGAGAUGCUUGACACCAUCUCCCCUCAGUUUUUGGCUGACUGUAUCUCUGUCGGUGCAAUUGGUGCCCGAACCACCGAGUCCCAGCUACAUCGUGAGCUGGCCUCCGGAUUGUCUUUCCCUGUCGGGUUCAAAAACGGAACUGAUGGAAACCUUGGGGUUGCUAUUGACGCCAUCGGCGCUGCCGCCGCCAAACACCACUUUAUGGGGGUCACCAAGCAGGGCUUAGCUGCUAUAACUCGUACCAAGGGUAAUGAGCACGGUUUCGUCAUCCUCCGCGGCGGAAGCAGAGGCCCCAACUUUGACAAGGAAAACGUUCAAGCCGCCAAGAAGUCUUUGUCAGACAAGAGCCAAAAACUUGCCAUCAUGAUUGAUUGCUCCCAUGGCAACUCCCAGAAGAACCACAACAACCAGCCCAAGGUGGCAAAGGUCGUUGCAGAUCAACUCAGGGAGGGCGAGAAGGCCAUUAUUGGUGUCAUGAUUGAAUCUAACAUCAAUGAAGGCAACCAGAAGGUUCCUCCCGAGGGCCCGUCUGGACUGAAGAAAGGUGUCAGCAUUACUGAUGCUUGCAUCAACUGGGAAGACACCAUUACUGUGCUCGAGGACCUUGCCGCGGCCGUUCGGACCAGGCGUGAAAUCAACGGCCGAUCUACCAACGGACAUGCAAAGGUUAGCUUGGUCGAAGAAGCCUAA